AUGGGAUGUCUUUCUGCACCGCUGAGAUGGAAGGGCGAAGAACAGUUCACAGCCUCAAUGGCAUGGUUCGACAGUUCACGCUGCGUACCCUUCAGGAGUACGAUACCGGGGCGCGAACGAGCACAAGUGGGAAGGAGGGUGGACGCGCGUCUUCCCGAAGACGCUACUGCGUUUGACACAGAUGCCGGGCUGGGACGGGUCGCGCAAGGGGAUAGUAGCGCCUGGGCGGAUGUAUGGGCGGGCGCUCCUGCUGAACUUCCGAAAGAACUCGAACAUGUACCACCGACAGACGUAUCUGCCUUGCUUAUACUAUCCGAUGACGCACCACAAGGUUUACUCAGCUCUCUACAAACUGCGUAUCCCGGUGCUUGCAAGAUGGCUUUGCGCGUUUCGUCGACACCGUUCGUCACGGGCCGACCAUUCACGCUUCUACGGGAUGGCAAUGUCCAUUCUUCAGGCGCUGUGGGCUUAGCCAUACUGAAAGCUACACCGAGCCUGAGGACGACAUUCGAUGGACUCCAUCCAUUAUCUCCCGUGAUGAAGGUUACAGCAGCCGAAGGCAACCUAAUCCACACUUUGAACGACGGCAAUCCCUCCCAGCUACUACUAGAUGCUAUUCGAUCGACUGGCUUGUACGGAGAAAACGCAAAGGAGGACAACUUCGUUCUGGGCGUGUCCACUUCUCCCGAGGUCCUCCAUCAACGCGCUUUCCGGAUAACGUCUGGUGAUCCGAAGCGUGGCACAUUGGCGCUGGAAACCGACGCCACAAUCACGGAAGGUUUAUUCGUGCAGUUCUUCAAAUCAUCAACACCCUCAGAUGUCGCGCAGCCUGACCGCACGCCUUCGAUCUCAUUCAUGACGACCUCUGACGCAGCUGGGACACGAGCACAGGACGGUCAUGCGGGCAGCGUGGACGUGGAGUCCGUGCGCAUCAUCGAAGGUGCAUUCGUGGCAGGGAGUGAAAAUGGGUGGACUGUUGCGCAGGCAGACGAAGAGGCUUGGGCCUGCAGCGUGCCGGGAGCGUCAACUUCCGUGGCCUGGUGA